CGCUGACAUUACUGCAUUCGCGGGGUUCAAGGCGGCUCGGAGCCGGGCCUUUAUUUCUCGUCUGCAGCGCUCAGCACCGCGCCUCGAAAACAAGCAUGCAGAUCGCCUGCUUGAGUCUGCAGCCCGGGGCUCUUUCAUGAUGCACCUGAGAAUUGGACUGCUUCUAUUUAGAAGGAUUUGCGUCAAGACCCCCUCCAGUAUAGUGGAUGAAUCUGCCAAACACCAGAGCACCCUAGAAAGCUGAACUAAAAGAAUGCUCAUGUUUGACCCAGUCCCUGUCAAGCAAGAGGCCAUGGACCCCGUGUCGGUGUCCUACCCAUCCAGUUACAUGGAGUCCAUGAAGCCCAACAAGUACGGCGUCAUCUACUCCACCCCGUUGCCGGAUAAGUUCUUCCAGACCCCGGAGGGCCUGUCGCACGGGAUGCAGAUGGAGCCGGUGGACCUGACCGUGAACAAGCGCAGCUCGCCGCCCUCCGCGGGCAGUUCUCCUUCGUCGCUGAAGUUCCAGCCCUCGCACCGGAGAGCCUCGCCCGGCCUGAGCAUGCCUUCCUCCAGCCCGCCCAUGAAGAAGUACUCGCCGCCUCCCCCGGGCGUGCAGCCCUUCGGCGUGCCGCUGUCCAUGCCCCCGGUCAUGGCCGCCGCCCUGUCCCGCCACGGCAUCCGCAGCCCCGGGAUACUGCCCGUCAUCCAGCCCGUCGUGGUGCAGCCGGUCCCCUUCAUGUACACCAGCCACCUCCAGCAGCCGCUCAUGGUCUCCUUGUCGGAGGACAUGGAGAACUCGAACAGCAGCAUGCAAGUACCUGUAAUUGAAUCAUACGAGAAGCCUAUAUUACAGAAAAAAAUUAAAAUAGAACCUGGGAUUGAACCACAGAGGACAGAUUAUUAUCCUGAAGAAAUGUCACCCCCUUUAAUGAACUCAGUGUCCCCCCCGCAAGCACUGUUGCAAGAGAAUCACCCGUCGGUCAUAGUGCAACCGGGAAAGAGACCGUUACCUGUGGAAUCUCCGGACACCCAGAGAAAGCGGAGGAUACACAGAUGUGACUACGAUGGGUGCAACAAGGUGUACACUAAAAGCUCUCACUUGAAAGCGCACAGAAGAACACACACAGGAGAAAAACCCUACAAAUGUACAUGGGAAGGAUGCACAUGGAAGUUUGCUCGGUCUGAUGAACUAACAAGACAUUUCCGAAAACAUACUGGAAUCAAACCUUUCCAGUGUCCAGACUGUGACCGAAGCUUCUCCCGCUCUGACCACCUUGCCCUCCAUAGGAAACGCCACAUGCUCGUUUGAACGGCUCCGUCCCCCGCCUCAGUGUGGCUCCCCACUCUCCUGGCUCGCUCUCUGUCCUCCUCCCCAUGAUCUAACUCAUUUUUUACAUGUACAUUUUAAUUUGGAUUCAGCUGGCCUGAAUCUCGGAAUUUAUAUCAUUCAAACUUCCAUAUGGUCAGUAGUAGAUGUUCUCUAAUCUCUCCUUACCACGGGUCAGACCUAAAGAAUGUGAACAUUUUUUUUUUUUUUUUUUUCCGGGGAUGCUAAGCAAACCCUUCUUACAGAUACGUUUAAUGUAAUGAGAACAAGGGAACAUGUAAACUUAAAAUAGCCAAUUGUCGAUUUCUCCAUGUAUUUCUCAAAAGAAUGUCAAAGUAAAUGUAUUAGAAAUACAGUAUCCAGCCUGCAAGUCCUUGCCAGGGGACCUUGAUACCUAUGUGCCCUGUGAAUGUAUUUUGUGCUUGCCAGCAAGAAGUAGGGCGGCCCCUCUCCCGGGUUAGGCAGACGUGCAGCCGGAUUUCAGGUAGGACUGUCCGUCCACCCUUCCUCCCUUCCGGUGCCCUUCACAAACCCUGCUUGUCGACUUGGAUUUACCAUGUCCUCAGUCCUUGAUGCACUUCUGUGCCUGCAGCUAACAAGGUCUUUGCCACCCCCCGGGCUGAGCCGUAGUGCUGAGUUAGGCGGGUGAUCUCGGUCAGUGAGGGGCCCAGCAUCGCAGGGAGUCAGAAUGAAGGGGCGUGGCGCAGGGGAGAGGCAGCAGCGUGGGCGAGGGAGGAAGCCGGCCCCUUCCUCCUGGGCUCGGGCUUUCCCACUGAGGUUUCAUCACUGGGUUAGCUGUACAGGGCAUCCCCAGAGCCUCAGUCUCUCUGCUCGACUGUGCAGAAGCAUCCAGCAGAGCCGAAAAUUGAUGGAGUGAGUCCUCCUUAUCCCUGUCACCAUUCCUCCGAUGCCCUUAAUGUGGGUCAUCGAGCCUUGAUUGUCGAAACACCAUGAAAAUAUUUUGCCCAGUAAUGGUAGGAAGGGAAAAAAGUCUUUUGAGGAAGAGUCUGGAUGGCCUUUCUUUCACUCAACCUACUUGCAGCUUUUUUUUUUUUCUUUGCAAACAGGGAAACGUUGAGUGUAUUUGUAUUCCCAUAUCAAAUUAAUCAUAGAGCUUUUAUACGGAAAGUCUGCUGUGUGGACCAUAGGGUGCCAAGUGGGCUGUCACUUGUGUUUGUGACACAUACCGUAAGUCAGCGUCUGCUGAUCCUCUAGUGGACGUGUUCAUUUUAAGACCCGAGUGACCCGAUUUGUAAAUACAGCUGGUUGGGAAGCGCACAUACCUUCAGUCGGGGGACAGAUUUCUGAAAAAUACAGAAAACCCCAGUUCAGGGAUUCAUAUCUUGAGAGUUCCAAAAUUCCCCAACAUUACUAUUUAAGAGUUUGGAAAUCGAUCACUCAAGUAUCCCCUUAGAAGAAGCUGAAAAUGACUCGUGUUUAUGUCAAAGAGAAGUAGCGCGCCAUUCUUUGGGGGGAAGUUUAAUGUUUUGUGGGGGGUUUUUUCCUUUUUUUUUUUUUUUUAAUUUUUUCAAAAGCUGGCUUUUGAGCACCAUAGUCUAAAUGCCAAUAAAAAUAAUUCACGCAUAGAAAAGUCAUUGGUCCUAAAUUUGAAGAAAGUGGGCAACAGUGGGUGUGUGUCACCAAACGCGCCUUCAUCCCUCGAUAAAGGAUGGAAGAGAAGGGAGAGGAAUCCUGAAGAGCCAUCCCGGCCACAACUCAGGAUCCAACACAACCUUAACUGGGAGGAAUCCAUUGCUCAUCUGUUUCUAAGACAUCAAUGAAUGAGUGAUUCUGGAGGCCCGCGAAUCGUGUGGGGAGCUUACUCUGAUGGCUUUGUGUUAAUAAAAAGUUAGUUGUAGGGACUGUGCACCUAAGAGAUCCCACUUACCAGCCCUCUGAACCAGCUGAAAGAAAAUGCAGUUGAGAAAUGCAGAGUUACUUGUUACCUUCUUGGCACUUGGUUCUGUUGUGUUUUUUUCUCUUCUUUUUUUUUUUUUUUUUUUUUUUUUUUGUAAGCACUGCGAAAUUUGUUCAGAAUAUUAAAACCUCCUAAUUGGGCUUUCUUUGUGUUUUUGCAAACUAUGACAUGAAUUGAGGGAUAAAAAUGGCUCUUGGGAAAGUAGGCAUUGUCUGUACUGUAAAUGCUGUCACUUUCAUACCAAAGUGUGUAUUUCUAGGAGGGGUUCUUCUGCAACACACUGAAGAUCAAGUUGGAAUGUGAGGAACUUUUUUGUUUUCAUGGAGAUGACCUCUGUGUGUGUGUGUGUGUGUGUGUGCGCGCGCGUGCACGUGUUCAACCUAUAGAGAAGGUAGGGGGAAAAGCAAGAAAGGGUAGAAUUGAUCAUCUUGGAAUAAUUAGCUUUUGAGUGUGGGUCUGGUUGAUAGAAAGCUUCGUAGGUUCUCAUGAAAUUUGGUGUGUUUGUUACAGCAUAUUUAAAUUUUGUCAAAAGAGCAAGCAAGACCCUGCAAAGACUCCAUUACUGUUCAGUUUACUUAGAUUAUGUUAACAAGUUCAUUAACAAAGAUUCAUUUUAAGUCUGAAAGAAAGGCAAAGCCCCACUGUUCCCAUUGCUGGUCUGUAUACUUCAGUUACCGAUUGGCUCUUGACCAAAUUUCCUUUUUUUAUAUAUAUUUGUAUUUUACUAUGAUAGUUGAGAAAUUUAGUCUCUUAGACGUUUUUAGCUGUUAUGGUGGAAGACCUCAAAUACAAGAUAGGAUGCCCUUGAACGUGUGGAUUUAAUGAUGUUCCAGGUCACCAUCAGUGGUUUUAAUUGCAGUUUUUUACAUUGAUGAGAAUGAUUUGUAUACAUGAAGUUAGCGUGGUAUAAAUCUUGUUAAGGAGUUUCUUUUGAUUAUUGUCCAAGGGUCAUCUUGGGGAAAUCAGAACAUUUAAGGCUGAAUGCAUCAUAUUGUAGAGUUCCAAAAUGGGAAUCUACAUCAUAAAUGGGCAUUAACAUUCUAAAUCGUCCGGUAGGGAGAAGGUGUUAGCAGCGUAACUAGGUCCAACCAAGGAAAUGAUACAUACGCGGGAGUUUCAGGAGCCUUGGAACAGAUUUCUAGGGGAACCAUAGAUGUAAAUGUAUAUUUUAUUAAAACACCCAUCUGCACUAUCAGUGUUGCACUAAUGUGGGAUCUGAAAGAUUUUAUUGCUGAUACUGUAUAUCUGCACGUCAUUCCUCAUUAGAUUGUUUUAAAGACAAUCUCAAAGAUCUAAGGUUUUAAAAUAAUUUGGUUUGCAAUUACACCAUCAUCUUGAAGGAAUCGCUGUUUUACAUGAAGUUGCUCAGAAUUGUCUUUAUUCUCUUCUGGGUCGAGGUUAACAAUUUCUAAAUGAUCGCAAAUUCACUUAAUACAUUUACAAAGCCAUUUUACAUGCAUUAAACGAGGGCUACAACAAUAUUACGUUUUACAGAUACUAGCACUUUUUUUUUUUUUUUGCUGUUAUGUACUUAGUGUUAGAGGGUCAAAAUAAUCUUUCUGCUUAGCAUCUCUUAAACCAUACCUGCAAGUGUAGCAGGAUUAGUACAUUUACAGUACUUUAAUACUUGUAUAAACUAUGCAGAAAUUUUUAAUAAAGUGUAAUAUAUUUUAUAAGCUAAUAAGACUGAAUGGGUAAAGGUUUUUAGCAUGCAUUAGUAUACUUGCAAAUACUGAAACAUUUUGGUAAUCUUUCUUACUAAAGAUGUGAAUGUUUAAUGUACCUUCGCUGUUUCUACUCUGUAGUCCAAUGGGAAUUCAGUAAUGACAUUUUGUCAUGUCAAACUGUGAACAUAAAUUUGUACUGUACAGUCCUCAUAUACUAUAUACAGUAUGCAAUAUAUGUAUUAUAUACUUGUUAAUAAAACCAUCAGAAUAUUAA